AACUAAAAACACAUUGUUAGUACGAGUAGUCAAAAUGAAGUUGUUAAUAACAACUAUUUUCGUUGUAUGUACCACGAUAACCUUUGUCGCCUGCCAAGAACAAUUCAAAGUGAUUAUCGUUGGAGCUGGACCUUCUGGCAUUGCGACUGCUAGCAAAUUGCUAGAAAAUGGAAUCAACAAUAUUUUGAUUCUAGAAGCCGAAAAUCGGGUGGGUGGAAGAAUCAACACACAAAACUGGAAUGGCAGAAAUAUUGACUUGGGUGCCGAAUGGUGCCAUGGAGAAAAGAAUAAUAUCGUAUGGGAAACGCUACAAGAAAAAGGACUAUUAGGACUCUUAGAACACGAUGAAAUGCCUGAAGAAAUAUUUUUGUCUUCUAGAAAAAAGAUAAGUAAGGAAUUUUCAAAGGAACUUUUUGGUCUUCUUGACAUUUAUUUGGAUUUGGAUGAAAAUAAUAUUCCGAAAAAUGUUAGUUUGGGGGAGGUGAUGGUUAAAAGAUUUAAUCAGGAAAUUUACAGAAAAUUUGGCAACGACAAAGAAAAAUAUAAUAUUGCCAAAAAUGCCAUAGAAUGGAUGGAAAAUAUGAUUUUGUGUCUUGAAGCUGCCUUUACAUGGGAUGAUGUAGGCACUGUCAGUGACUACGAAGAUGCAGGAGGAUAUUUAAAUUGGGGAUGGGGAAAUCACGGAUACAAAAUAUUCCUAGAUAUUUUAACAAAAAAAUAUCCAAAUCCCAAGGAGCAGCUUCCCAUCGAUAACAAAAUUUUGUUAAAUAAAGAGGUCAAAAAGAUCAUAACAAGGGAGAAUGGUAACAAAAUUUUAUGUACUGACGGCACUUCAUAUAAUGCUCAACAUGUUGUGUUUACACCAUCCUUGGGAGUACUUAAGCAUGACGCGAAAUCCUUAUUUGAUCCGCAACUGCCAGCAAAAAAAUUAAACGCCAUUGAAAGAAUAGGAUUUGGUGCUGUGAUGAAGGUGUUUGUUAAGUACGAUAGCCACUGGUGGGGGGAUUUACCUGGUAUGAACUUUAUUUGGACUGAAGAAGAUCGGAAAGCUGUGACAAACAAAUUUUCACAAGAGCCCCUAAAUUAUAAAGGGCAAUCUUGGAUCGUAGAAAUUUCUAAUGCAAUUUCGUUACCGCAUUCCAAUAUUUUUCUUGUAUGGUUUACUGGAGAAAUACUACCAAGUAUAGAGAACAUGGAUGAUGCCACCUUACAAAAGGGAAUUGAAUUUACAUUCAAUAAAUUUUUUGGACAUAUGUUUUAUGUUCCUAAACCACAAAAUAUAUUGAAAACCACCUGGUACACAAAUCCACACUUUAGAGGCACCUAUUCCUUUGCUUCAGUGAACUCAACUGGACAUGAGGUCGAAGUUCUUCAACAACCUAUUUCUGAUUUUUUGGGCGUGCCUCUUUUACAGUUUGCUGGUGAAGCAACCAACCCAACACACCACUCUACCGUCCAUGGUGCUGUUGAAUCCGGAUUUAGAGAAGCAAAUAGAAUAAUUGAGCUUUAUAAUAAAACUUGUAACCUCGGAGACCUUUUUUGGAUGGCGCUCGAAAGGUCACCAAGGGAGACGCUGCAAAUGGCAGCCAGAUGGUUGAAGCAGAGAGAGCCAUGUGUUCGAAACUAGUUUUUGAAAGGGGGAAUGGGUCCAGCAGAAGAUAUAAGUAAAGAUAAGACAAUAUAAGGUAGACUAGAAAAGAGAGAGAAAUAGAUAAAAAGAUAGUUGGUAAAAUUACCAUAGAUAAGUAAAGAUAGAAAAAGGGCACCACUUAACUUUUUGGGGUUACAAAGGGAAAAUUAAGAAACCUUAGAAACGCAAACAUGCAAGGAAAGAUAAUUAGGUUCUGCGACCAAAUACAAAAAAGAUAGGAACGGUUAAUUAUUAAAAAUAAAUGUUGCCAACACACUACAUAAACACAUUAUAAUAAAUAUAUUCGGUGGAAUUCGUCCACUUACUUACCUACAAAAUAUAUUCAGCUGAUCUUUCUCCUGGUCGAAGAUAUAGUGAUAGAUUAUGCUAAUCUUAGCAAAUAUUCAGAGAUAAUAUUUUAUCAGGGAACUUAAUAAUAUUAGGAGUAGAUAAAUAAAAUUCGGUAAUAAACAAAAAAAUAAUAUAUUCAACAAAUGAUUCACCAGAAGGAUGAACCCAAAAACAAGAAAUGAACAGUAAACUUCAACCAAAAGGUUGAAUACAUACACAAAUAAAAAAUUGCACCAACAAUUAUUAAUGUGUAGUUGUAUACAUGUGGAAAUAAACAAGAUGAUAAAAGAAAUGCCUUUACAUAUAUCAUAUUAUAGUAAAAUCAUGCACAAAUAAAUGAUCAAUAAAGAAAGGCUGGUAAUAUGUAUAAGUUAAAAAAAUUCAAUAAAGCAUAUAAAAAAUUA